CGAUUGUCAAAUUUCUAUAGAAACUGAAACAAACAAAGUAUUUAGGCCAGGAAAUGGCAGAUUACGCAAGGUUAGCCUUUAGUUGGCUGUGAUUUUGUGAAAUACGCACUCAUCAAAACACUUUUUGGGCUCCUGUCGGUCAACCAAACGAAAAAAAUUACAAACACAAUUAAUUUCAGUUGGUGAAACGAGUUACUUAAAUUUUAGCAAAUAUAUUCAGAAGGUUCUCACUAAAACUUGAGGAUUUUCGGUGAAAAAAUUCGGAAAAACCGCCAGAAGAAUGGCAACAAAACCGGGAAAAGGCGAUGGCAAGCCGGUCAAAGGGAAGCUGAGGACGUCCAAGAACAAGACCGAAGGUGGUGGAGGAGGUGGCGGGGAUGCCGAUGACUUCGAUGCCUGGAUGAAAUCCCGCCAGCUGCUCAAACCGGAUGACCAGCUGGAUCUCACCGAGGCCGAACUGGGCGAGGAGGUCACCAAGGUGCUGACCCCCACGAAUACCAAUGUCAUCCGCAACCUGGUGGUCUAUAGCUUCAAGGAGGGGGAGUUUGUCCUGGCUCCCGUGCCUGGCAAUACGGUCACACUGAUCGCCUUCCCCGGGAAUUCGCUGCACGUCGACUCGGAGGAGGGUCGCCGCCAGAUCGAGGAGUCGGACGAGAUCGGCUACCCACUGCCCAUGCCCAACUACACGGUGGUGGAGCAGCGCGAAGCCGAAAAUGUCGACGGGGAGGAGGGCGAGGGCGAGGAGGAUGAUGAUGGGGCCAACGCAAAGGACGCCGGCGGGGAUGAAGAGGAGGUCGAGGAGGAGGACGACGAGGAGGCCAAGGGCACCGAGGGCGAUGAAGGCGAGGGUGAGGGGGAGGGAGAGGGUGGAGCAGCCCGGGCCGAAGACGAAGAACCCGCCCCACAAGCGGCGGCUGCUUCUUCGAAGAAACGGAAGCUGAUCAACCAGUUCAACUAUUGCGAACGGGGUGCCCUCACCUACACAAAUCCCAAGAGGAAUGUAGACACCCAGACCAUUCCACCGCCGCGCUCUCAGUUCGGCGCCAAUGUGCUGCAGUGGGUCAUCUACGAUUCGUAUAUGGAGAACUUCGAGGAGCAGCAGAAGGAUGGCAGUAAGAAGGACGAUCGUAAGCGCGGCAGAAGGGCCAAGAAGUUCCGGGAUAAGUCCGCGAUUGCAGAGCAGCUGAACAAGAAGUAUCUUAAGUGCUGGCAGAUCCUCGAGCGCAUGAUCAACCAGAAUAUCUACGAUGACAUUGCCCACGACUAUCGCUACUGGGAGGAUCCCGCCGACGAGUUCCGUGAGGGUGAGGGCAACCUACUGCCCCUCUGGAAGUUCCAGUACGACAAGACCAAGAAGAUGAAUGUCACCGAUAUACUUUUCAAUCCGAGUUACUAUGAUCUGUUUGCUGUUUGUUUUGGAUCGCAUGACUUUAUGAAGCAAACCAAUGAGGGUUACCUGUGCCUCUUCACCGUCAAGAAUCCCUCGUUUCCGGAUUAUAUAAUUCAAACCGACAGUGGGGUCAUGUGCUGCGAUAUCCAUCCCACUUAUCCCUUUCUGGCGGUAAUUGGCCUCUAUGACGGCAAUGUGGCCGUGUACAAUCUACGCGAGGACUGCAAGGAGCCGCUCUAUGUAUCCAAGGGGGUCAACUGCAAACAUGGGGAGUGCGUGUGGCAGAUUAAAUGGGGUCUCGACAUGACCGACGGCGAGGUGAACUUCUUCUCGGUGUCCUCCGAUGGACGGGUCUUCAACUGGAUCCUCAUGCAGAACAAGCUGUGGGUCACCACGAUUAUUACUUUGUACCGCGAGAAUGGAAGGGUGGAUGGACCGGAUGGAACGAAGAUCAGCUUAAAGAGCGGAGGAUCCUGCAUGGUGUUUCAUCCCGUGGAUAAUAAGGUUUUUCUAGUGGGCACCGAGUGCGGCUACAUCUACAAGUGCAGCACGGCCUUUAGUUCCAAAUACCUGAUGACCUACAAUGCCCACAACAUGUCCGUCUACCGCAUCGACUUCAAUCGCUUCAACAGCAACAUUUUCGUAUCCUGUAGCGGCGACUGGCGGGUGAAAGUCUGGGAGGACAUGCGUCCCGAUCCGCUGUUCAUCUUCGAUCUUGGAGCUGCCGUAGGUGAUGUGAAAUGGGCUCCUUAUUCGAGCACCGUUUUCGCAGCGGUGACGACUGAGGGAAAAGUGCAUGUUUUCGAUUUGAAUGUGAACAAAUACAAGGCCAUUUGCAUUCAGGCUGUGGUGCCGAAAAGGAAGAACAAGCUCACCCGACUCUCCUUCAACGAAAAGCUCGCCUUUAUUGUGGUGGGCGAUGAAAAGGGCGUCACCACUUCGCUGAAGCUGUCGCCCAAUCUCCGCAUGAUGGUCAAGCCGCCCAAGAAGCAGCUCUAUCUCGAUCAGAACACCCUGCAGAUUGGCAAACUGGAGAAGCUAUUAUCCCUGGUACGGGAACUACCCGAGGGAACUGUAAUCCCCGAUGCAGCCACCACCGUGCGCAGCUAAAUCCGAAUAUUAUCAACACAGCAGAUAAACAAAAUGGUCUGAUUUCAUGUAUUAUAUUUUACACACAUAGAUCUGCUGGCGGUUCUAAAAGAUUCUUAUGUUAUUUUAUGUUCCUAUCAAGUCUAACAAAAAUUUGCUAUCAACCAACGCAAGGAACUCAGAAGCAAUGUAAAAAAUCACAAAAUUGUAUAUAGGCUUAGAAACGAAAUAAACAUUGAUUAAAACUGUA